AUGGAGAAAUUGAACCCAGAAGAACUUCUUCAAUUAAAGCAUAUGACUUCGGAUGACGUCCCCGCCGCUGUCGAUGUAUUCUAUGAAUCUUUCACAAACCUACAAGAUAUAUUCCCUGACACGCUCAAAACGCGCCAAUGGCUUCAUGGCCUCUUUCUAGACGAUAUUCUCAACAAAAAAGCCAUGCAUUACUUAAAAAUUGAGGAUACAAAGUCUAUGAACGAACAAGGCCUACCACGGCUAAUUGCCUUUGCGAAAUGGGACUACUCGAUGCCCGAAGAUCGAGGACCCCGCUUCUCUCCCUGGUCUGAAGAUCAGUCGAAGGAAGCAUGCGAUGCUUUUUUCAAUAAAUUGGAAAAGGAAAGGAAGCGAGUGAUGGGCGAUGAGGUCCACAUAUAUCUAGACCUGCUUUGCACGCACCCUGAUUACAGACAGCGUGGGGCUGGCUCAGCCCUAAUACAGUUCGGCUGUAAAGCUGCCGAUGAAGGAGGACUCGGUGUCUAUGUUGACGCUAGCAAGGCAGGCGCACCUUUGUAUAAGAAGUUCAAGUUUGUGGAUAAGAGUGAGCCUGGUGCAGGUGAGAUUGCAUCCAUGGCCCGACAUUGGGGCUAA